AUGCAAGUCGGAAAGCACGGCGACGCCGUUGCUUGUUCGUCCGGAAGACAAGCCCGGUACCCCAUCCAAAACGGAUUCUAUGGAGCGAAUGUGACGACUUCGGCUGGUCUGCGGACUUGGGACGACAUUAGAGUCGCGCUUGGAGAGAUCGCGGUGCCAGAUCCCUCGAAGCCUUUGGGCAACCUUGUAAUCCACGGUGUCUGCAGCAACGCUCGCGGAUACCACAGUCGGCCACACUUCAUCCUUCCCGCCACGCAGCUACCGUAUCUCGUCAACCUCACGGUGGAUGAUUGCCUGUCAGCAUUCCGGUAUAUCGUACCCAAGCUGUCACUUGGUCUACCCUAUCUUCGCAACGUGGACCUGACGCUCGUCGAAGAACACGCUAGCGGCGUCUUCAACGUCGACCAUGAGCUGCAGCUGUUCUACGGGUGGUACAAGGAGACGCUGUUGGACUUCAUCAUACACAAGCAGGCUCAGAACAUUUCGGUCACAUCUAUCGUGGCAGAGUACGACCACAACAACGGUGAUAGGAGUACUUCUCGCUACUGCCACGCGAUCCUCACCAUCCAAUGGUCGGACGGGACGGUGUGGAGGCUGCGCUAUUCAAGCGAGACGGCCAAUUCGGCGAUCGACUUCGCCCUCGGACAAUUCUGGGGGGAUGUACGACAAAGGGCGGUUGGCUCUUAUGGACCGACGAAUGUGAGGUGGGUGGUAACUAGCGUGCGCGAGGGAUCGAACAGGAAGGAGCAGGUGAACUUCCCGGGUCCGCUUCAAUGGGAAACUUGUUUGAGAAACGUUUUCCGACUGCCCGAUGGGCCCGUAGUCUAUCAGACCCACCGCUCGGCUCGGCGUUGA